AUGAUUGCCGGAGACCCGCAACUCCGCAGCCAAGAUGGAACCUCCCGCGGAAUUUGCCAUCGCUGCAAUGGCAACGGCGCCGGUGGUGCGCCUUGUGAUUCCAGAGACACCUCUGAACUACCGGCCAAGGUGUGUCCCGGAGGCAUCCGGGCGACCAUCAUCUUCCCAUCAUGCUGGGACGGGAAGACGCUCGACAGCGCCGACCACAUGAGCCACGUCGCCUACUCCCCGAGUCGAAACGUCCUCGCCAACGACGCCUGUCCUAGCUCGCACCCCGUUCGAAUCCCGCAGCUCAUGUAUGAGAUCCAGUGGGACACGAAGCAGUUCAACAACCCCGAGUAUUUUGAGGGUGGGAAGCAACCUUUUGUCUACAGCUAUGGCGAUCCCACCGGUCAUGGCCAGCACGGAGACUAUCUCUUCGGUUGGAAGGGCGACGCCCUGCAGCGCGGCAUGGACGCGACUUUGGGAAAUGACUGCGUCAAUGACCUCUGCCCUAUCUUGGAGACGCAGUCUAGCGAAGAUGCUUCCAAAUGCGUGAAGGAUACGCAGGUGGGAGGCGAAGAUGUGGGGCUCACGACGCUCCCCGGCGAUGUGCUGGUUACUUAUUAA